AUGGAUGCGCAGUACCCGUUUGCAUCUCGUGAAGAUAUCUGGCGUGUAUUCGAAGAGGUUAAGGACCUGUACUCCACGCAGCUCGAGCACGGGGAGCGGAUUGCGAGGCUGGAGCGGCGGAGAGAGGAUGAUGCGCGGUUGAAGAGUGUAUGGGGUCCAAUCUCACAGUUUCCCAGCACCAUGACUGGCCCACUCACAGAGCCAUCUUAUACCCCCACCGUCGACGCUUUCAAAGGGUUCGAUCAAGGCCAUCAUCACAGCAUCAUCACGAACAUGACCCUAGACAACGAGGAGGAGCCGCGACGAGGUGCGUCCAGGGCCAAUAGCGUUCGAUUUGAUGAAAGUGCAAUCAGCGGGUAUUACGGCCAAGUCAAUCGCUCGACGAGUGAGCUUCCUAUCCGGACGGGAAGUGGUAUGAGUAGUCAUGCUCUGACCGAACGUUCUCUAUCCCAUCGUUCUGAUGGUCGACAGAGUUCUUCGGGACAUUCUCAUCAUUCUGCUCGGACUAAUAGCAUGGGAAUCGAUACUGCACGCAUAGUCGGUUCGAGUGGCGGGUCGCCUGCAAGUUCGAUCAUGCCGCCUCCAGGGUUGUUCCUGCUGGGACCUGUACCUUGCAUUAUACGUUGCUGGUUGACGACUAUCUUUUCGAAUGACUCGCUACUGUAUGCAGCCGUAUGCUCCGGCUCAUGUACGUCUUCUCUCAGCCGCAGCUUGAUCGAGAAGCUUGGGUAUGUGGAUCAGAUCAUUGUCGAAGAAGGCUUGCGUUACAUCAAGCUUCCACUUUAUCUUCCAGAAGCCAGCAUUCAUCAAACAUCCUCCCGUGCCGGUAGUCCCACGCCUCAGCUCCCAGCUGUGACUGUUCGGUUCGCAGUGCAUGAUCUGAACCCGGACGACAAAAGUAUUCAGAUCAUUGUUGGAAGCGACGUCCUCCGGUCUCACAAUGCAGAUAUCCUCUUCUCACAGGACAAGAUUAUCAUGGUCGACGAUGACAGAAACAAGGUUUCUAUUCCUCUUGUACGCCCUGAAAAUGACGCAGUGUUUAAAUAUCUCAACACCGCCUCCAACGCCUCGCGCGAGACUUACGCCAAACCUCAACAACCACACGGCACUGAAAUACAAGAAACUGUCAAUGGACGUGACCAUGGUACGAUUGAGCGGCCAGUCUCGAGACCACAGGAUACCAGUUCUAUUGCGUCUACCAAGGUGGAAGAGCCUGGAGAUCACGGACGUGAGUCGCGGCCUACGACAAGGGAUGGAGGCCAGUCCGAGCCCGAUAUUCAAGCUGCAAGAGAAGGCAGUGCGCCGAUUGAUCAAGAAGCUUAUCCUGGUGUCUCGACAAAGACGGAGCCCGCUGGACCAUGGGGAUCGUGGCGACGCACGGAUGGCAGUGCUAUUGGUAUGGCUAAAUCGAACCGUGGACGAACAAUGAAGGUGCUGCGACCGUCAAAAUCGAUAUCCUCACGGGUCCCAUCUACGACCUCUAAUCAUGCUCAGGCUGCUUCGAAUGUCGAGACUGUGUCAUCGCCUGCUACUGCGCCAUAUCAAGGAGGCGAAAACAACCCAACAGCUCAGGCAUCUGGACCAGACCUUGUCCAUCCCACACCCAGCCGCAGCGCCAGUUUCAAAUCAGGAGAUGGGUCAUGGUCGACUUCUGGCAAGACUCGAGCAAGUAACCCUGUUGGAGGAGCAUCAGCAUUCGGUUGGCUCAAUUCUUCGUAA